UCCUCCCGUCUCACAGCCUCAGGUCAGGGAGAGAAAGGAAACCCUGCAGAAGAGAUUGCAGCCCUGCUGCCUGGCAACAGCAGAUUUGAAAAAAGAAAAGGAGAAGGGGGAAUACGCAGCUUGGAGGAGUGGAAAGCUGUAAGCAAAACCUCUGAAACUCCUGUUGAGCUCUCUGCGCAACCCCCUAAGGUCUCCAGCUAUUUGUUCAAAGGCAAAAACAAUACCUCUGAGCGAAAGCCCUCCCACUUGCUCAUGAUAGGCUCACCCAAAAUAGCAACAGCCUGUGUCACCAAAAAGGGCAAAACCUGCUGGAAGAGAAAGAAAAAGUUGCUCCCAGAUCCUUCGGUAACUUUUAGAUUUCACUUUGCUCCUGUCCCAAGUUGCCAUGGACAGAAGAGCCAGAGGCACCAGAUUUGACAGCAAGGGUAAAACCCUCUUGCCGUAGAGCCCCUCAUCAUCGCUGAGAAGUAACCAAGUUGGGGAGCUGUUUUCCUACAGCCAUGGUACCUGCGCAGGACACAGAGGACCUCAGCCAGCAAUGUCAGAAUAUAGGAGAGGAAUGCGGCACAUGCAGCUUGCACAAGCUUCCUGCUCAAACAGGAUUCGGAAUGCUCACUCUUCUAUCAUCUGGCAUUGCUGCUAUCAGUGGCUUUCUGAUGGGUUAUGAAUUUGGAGUUAUCUCUGGAGCUCUUCUUCAGCUAACUAGCAUCCUAGCCCUUUCAUGCCGACAACAGGAGAUAGUUGUAAGUGCUCUUCUCAUUGGUGCCUUUCUCGCUUCGUUGACUGGUGGGAUCCUGAUCGACAAAUAUGGGAGGCGAGUUGCCAUUAUGCUGGCAUCUGGGUUGCUUGUACUGGGAAGUCUGGUGCUGAUACUCUUUGCCUCAUACGGACUCCUCAUAAUAGGGCGGAUUGUGAUAGGCGUUUCCAUUUCACUCUCCUCAACCGCAACUUGUGUGUAUAUCGCAGAGAUUGCCCCGCAGCACAGAAGAGGCUUGCUUGUGUCUUUGAAUGAACUCAUGAUUGUAGUGGGCAUACUUUUUGCCUAUGUUUCAAAUUACGCCUUUGCCAGUGUUUCCCAUGGCUGGAAGUACAUGUUUGGCCUGGUCAUUCCAUUGGGGAUUCUACAGGCCAUUGCCUUGUAUUUCCUUCUGCCAAGUCCUCGUUUUCUCGUUAUGAAAGGCUUUGACGAAGCUGCCAGCCAAGUGCUUGGAAAACUCAGGGCAACCACAGACACCACCAAAGAACUUGCUAUGAUCAAAUCCUCCUUGAAAGAUGAGCACCAGUACCGUUUUUGGGAUCUGUUCCAUUCAAAAGACAAUAUGAGGACUCGGAUGCUGAUAGGAAUCACUCUAGUGUUUUUUGUACAAACAACAGGACAGCCUAACAUCUUGUUUUAUGCCUCCACUGUUUUGAAGGCAGUUGGGUUUCAGAGCAAUCAGGCAGCUAGUUUGGCCUCUACCGGCGUUGGAGUGGUCAAAGUGGUCAGUACAAUCCCAGCCACCCUUUUCGUCGACCAAAUAGGAAGCAAGACGUUUCUCAUUAUUGGCUCAUCCCUCAUGUCCGUGUCAUUGUUCACCAUGGGAUUGAUCACGCUUAAUAUACAUGUGAAUGCCACUGCCGUCUGUAGAAACCAGUCCUGGGAAGAUGCCACAUUCCAAGGAGUGGGACAAUUGACCUCCACAAAUGAAACUCUUGAGGAGCAAUUUGCUAGCCUGGCUUCAUCUAGCACAGUUUCACAACGGAAGGCUGACAUUUCUAAUAUGGAAAGGUGGAACAAGACCGUGUCAAUGGGAGACAGAGCCCCCAACACAAGCCGCACAGAGUCUCAGGUAGCAACAGAAGCAAUGGAAGUUCAAUCAGCUCUGAAAUGGUUCUCUCUGGCCUGCUUGCUUGUUUACAUUGCUGCUUUCUCCAUAGGACUUGGACCAAUGUCCUGGCUGGUACUGAGUGAAAUAUUUCCUGGUGGGAUCAGAGGAAGAGCGAUGGCUCUAACCUCCAGCAUGAACUGGGGUGUUAAUCUUCUAAUCUCCUCAACCUUUUUGACUACAACAGAUCUCAUUGGUUUACCGUGGGUCUAUUUCAUUUAUGCCAUGAUGAGCCUGGCAGCGUUGGCGUUUGUCGUUUUCUUCAUCCCUGAGACAAAAGGAUGUUCCCUAGAGCAGAUAUCUAUGAAACUGGCAAAACAGAAGUAUGCAACAAGUACUCAAUGCUGGAGGGGCCGACGCCAGGAUCAACUGAUGCCAAUAGAACUUCCCAACAAAGAGGCCCAUGAACAAUUCUACUAAGGCAGGAUGGUGCACAAAACCCACAUCAAUAUAUUUUUUAAAGGAUGACAAAAUGGUAGAAUACUCAGAAACGUUGGCAGUACUUUCAUAUGCAUAUUCUUCUACUAUAAAUAAGCUUUUCUGUA